AUGUCAACACGAGCCCUUUUGUCCACACCCUUGCGCCAAAUACUACUUGCAGAUUUGUGGCUAGGUGGUUUGCGCACAAGAAAAAAAAAUACUAAUAUCAAAGUAAUGUUAAGCCUGCUAUUCCCACCGUUGAUUCUUGUUUUGGGAUUCCGAAGCCGGGAGGAACUCAAAACUAUGCCUCAGACGCGUGAAGAGCACCUGUAUGAUGACCAGGGUAGAUCAUCUGACUCAGAAAGUGAUACUGAUUCAGAUGAUGAUAACAUGGACAUGAGAAAUGAACAUGAUCCAGAGGCACAACUGGUCAACUCAGUGUCGCAUCUUUCCCACCCCGUCACCCCAACCCUCCAAACAGAGGCACCUUUAUGUAAUAGCAAUAAUGCUGUACCUCAUUCAAGCACAAUAACUGCACCUUCUCGCCCGACCGAACCUGCUGAAAUCAGGAGUACUAACCCAACAGUAGUCAUCCAGAAUGGAACUUCAGUAACCCCAUAUCCAGUCAAUGAUUCUGUUGUGUCAUAAUGACUUACACUCAAAGCAACUAACAGCAAGAAUCAAAUUUUAUGAAUUUUAUAAUGCUCCAAUAUCAAAGUUUUGGGCCCAUUCAAUUGCGUAUACGUUCUUCCUUUGCCUUUUUACUUAUUUGGUCUUAGUUAACAUUACCAAAGAAGCCACAGUGGAUUGAGUGGUAUGUCAUUGCUUACAUAACUACACUUCUUUUUGAAAAAGUACGAGAAAUACUCUCUACAGAACCUGUUGA